AGAACAAUUGGGGUCAUGUCCAACGUUUUGGUACUUUUCACGACUUGUCUCUUUUUUUUGGUUUCUUAUAUAUUAAAGAUUUCCCAAAAGGGACCAUUACCUCUCUGAUCUUCACCACCGUAUCAUCUGUCUUGGGACACUUCUCUUUCUCUUCGAGUAAUCUUUAACGUAUAAGAGAAAUGUGUGUAUGUGGCGUAAUACAUCAAAGGAUCAUGAGUUUGGACUCUGUGUGAAGAAGGAACUUCGUCUUUUGAUGCAGUUCUCUCCCAGUCAUAGUCCACAAAUUAUGGCAAAUAAGAGACCGACUGCUCUUCAUCCAGCCAUCUCCUCGCAUCCAGCCUUCUUUUCUCCAGUUCUUCUUCGCUUGUACCAGACCACCUUAAAGCAAUGGUCACUUACGAUCAUAAAGCCGUGAUCAUCAAUGGUCAGAGAAGGAUCCUUCUAUCUGGCUCCAUUCACUACCCAAGAAGCACACCUGAGAUGUGGCCUGAUCUUAUACAGAAGGCCAAAGAUGGAGGCUUGGAUGUGAUACAGACUUACGUUUUCUGGAAUGGGCAUGAACCUUCUCCUGGACAAUACUAUUUUGAGGACAGAUAUGAUCUGGUUAAGUUCGUUAAGCUGGUACAACAAGCUGGUCUGUAUGUUCAUCUCAGAAUUGGUCCUUACGUUUGUGCCGAAUGGAACUUUGGAGGGUUUCCUGUUUGGCUCAAAUAUGUUCCCGGUAUGGCAUUUAGGACUGACAAUGAACCUUUCAAGGCUGCAAUGCAAAAAUUCACUGAGAAGAUUGUGGGGAUGAUGAAAGAAGAAAAAUUGUUUGAGACCCAAGGAGGACCCAUCAUUCUGUCACAGAUAGAGAAUGAGUAUGGACCAAUAGAGUGGGAGAUAGGAGCACCAGGAAAGGCAUACACAAAAUGGGCAGCUCAAAUGGCAGAAGGACUCUCCACAGGUGUCCCAUGGAUUAUGUGCAAGCAAGAUGAUGCUCCUGACUCCAUUAUAAAUACAUGCAAUGGGUAUUAUUGUGAGAAUUUCAAACCAAAUUCAGACAACAAGCCGAAGAUGUGGACAGAAAACUGGACUGGUUGGUUCUCGGAGUUUGGAGGUGCGGUACCAUACAGACCAGCCGAAGACAUUGCCUUCUCUGUGGCUCGCUUCAUACAGAACGGUGGCUCCUUCAUCAAUUACUAUAUGUACCACGGAGGAACGAACUUCGACAGAACAGCCGGUGAGUUCAUGGCUACUAGCUAUGACUACGACGCUCCGCUCGAUGAAUACGGGUUACCGAGAGAACCUAAGUAUAGUCACUUGACGAAGUUACAUAAGGUCAUCAAGCUCUGUGAGCCAGCAUUGGUCUCUGUUGAUCCUACAGUCACAUCCCUCGGCGAUAAACAAGAAGCUCAUGUGUUCAAAUCCAAGUCAUCUUGCGCUGCUUUCCUCUCAAACUACAACACUAGUUCUGCUGCAAGAGUCUCCUUCGGGGGAGCUACAUAUGAUCUACCUCCUUGGUCUGUCAGUAUUCUGCCUAACUGCAAAACCGAGUAUUACAACACUGCAAAGGUACAGGUCCGUACACCAAGCAUACAGAUGAAGAUGGUUCCCACAAACACACAAUUAUCUUGGGGAUCAUACAGCGAAGAGAUUCCUUCUCCAAAUUAUAAUGGUACAUUUGCCAAAGAUGGACUUGUGGAACAGAUAAGCAUCACCAGAGACAAGACUGACUAUUUUUGGUAUCUGACAGACAUUACAAUCAGUGCUGAUGAGAAGUUCUUGAAGACUGGUGAAGACCCUCUUCUUACUAUUGGGUCAGCUGGGCAUGCUCUUAGUGUAUUCGUUAAUGGCCAGUUUGUAGGAACUGCUUAUGGAUCACUGGAGAAACCAAAGCUAACAUUUAGUCAGAAGAUCAAAUUAGCUGCAGGAGUCAACAAACUUGCACUGUUGAGUAUAGCAGUUGGUCUCCCGAACGUUGGCUUGCAUUAUGAGACUAGGAAUACUGGGGUUCUUGGGCCAGUCACACUGGAGGGAGUUAACUCCGGAACAUGGGACAUGUCUAAAUGGAAAUGGUCCUACAAGAUUGGUACUAAGGGUGAAGCUCUGAGCAUUCAUACAGUAACCGGGAGUUCCACCGUGGAAUGGAAAGAAGGAACAUUAGUAGCCAAGAAACAACCUUUGACCUGGUACAAGUCUACUUUUGACACACCAGCAGGCAAUGAACCAUUGGCAUUGGACAUGAACACAAUGGGGAAAGGCCAAGUUUGGAUAAAUGGUCAGAACAUCGGACGCCACUGGCCUGCAUAUAAAGCUCGUGGGAAAUGCGACCGCUGCAGCUAUGCUGGAACUUUCAACGAGAAGAAAUGUUUGAGUAACUGUGGAGAAGCUUCUCAAAGAUGGUACCACGUGCCUCGUUCUUGGCUAAAGCCGUCAGCGAACCUUAUAGUUGUACUUGAGGAGUGGGGUGGUGACCCCAAUGGGAUCUCUCUUGUACGAAGAACAUCCAAGAAAAUAGCUUCUGAGUCCAUCUUUUCAGGGUAAAAAAGCUGCUUGUGAUAGGGUUAUGUGCAAGUAAAUUUCAAGAAUACAGAUUGUAUGUACAUACAUAUACUGGAAAUUAUUAUAUUGAGUCAUAUCAUGUGCCUAUUCAUAUAAUACAAAGUGUAUAAAGAAUAUUUUACACAGCUUAUAACUUUUCUAUCUUCAUCUCCCUCUUGUGAGUAUAAAUUCUAGAUAGUAAUGACUAAUGAGGUAAACGGUCCUUGGUCUAUCAGCAGUUAACAAAAUAUCUUGUGUGUUUCUUGUCCACAUUCCCGUCUUCUUUACUGAGCGUUCAGUCCUUUGCCUCUUUGGUCAUGUUUCAUAUCAGCAAGUUUUUUAUUUGCAAUCCAUCUUCAUAUCAAAAUAUAGUUACUACUGUAGGUCCAUACGACUAAAACGAGUUAUGUAUUGUCUAUCAUUUGAUAACCUGGACAAGUUAAUGCCUCAGGUUGCGUUUUUGUGUUGUUUGCCAUGUGGUAGUCCCUUUCUUUAAUUCCAAUGACGACUCUCUCUUCCACUAGCUGCAUUGGUGUGUAGAAAGACAAAGAAAGGUUUUUUCUUUUCUUUGUUACACAUGAGGUUUCUGUUUACUAGCCUGUUUGCUUCACUUCUUUUUGUUUGUCUUUUCCUCUUUUGUGUCUUUUCCUUUUGUGUCAUGCUUUCAACUCUUUUUAAAUAUUAUAACAAUGGAAGAAAAAUGAUCCAUUAACAAUGAAACUCAAAUAUGCAUUUUAUAAAUGGUGGUCCAGUUCAUAAAAUUAGAGCAUUUUAAGAGGAAUAUCUUAAAAUAAAAUCCUCCCUAUACUAAAAGGGUUAUAUGAGCAUCAGCCAGCCUAUCCACGCCAGCCAUUAAAUCCACGUCGGAUUGGGCUAAUGGGUUUCUCUAUUUUUUUUUUCUUUAUCGUGUUGGCCCGUAAAGCCCGUUAAUUUAGAGAGAUGGGUAGAGACGCACCGACACUCUGGAACCCUAAUCUCUUCUCUCUCGCGCAAGACCGACGAUCUCCUUCUGAGCCCUUUCAUCUUCUUCCGUUAGUCGUUCACGUUUUGUCAUUCAAUCCACCAUCAAACCUUAGGCUGAGACGAUGAAUAUCUUCUGCCUCUCCUAUCUUUGUCGUUUCCGCUACUCCAUCCAUGUGUCUUUAUAAAUUAAACAUUUUAAAGCCUCUUAUGCUCUUUGACAAAAAAAAGUCUCUUAAGCUCCCACGAACAGGCCCUGUAACACUACCGUCGAAACUUUGUGUUCUCAGAUUUUGCAAGGUCGGGAAUCGGGAUGUGAUAAGAAAUGGCAAGCUUAUGGGGUCGGUCUACUUCUUCUUGACGCUAAGCUUAUGCAGGCCCGGAUUGCAAAUCUUUAACGAGUCAUAUGAUUAUGAACUGACGUGAUCAAAUCAGAAGCCAAUCUAAUCCCAUGUGAUCUUCCCGUAAGGGUCAAUACCUAUGGCCCAGAUUGCAAACUUUUAAAAGAAAGUUGUUCAAGUAGAUGUCAAAGGUCUUGGCGCCACCACAUCCAUUGGUCAAACACUGGAUCUUUGUCAUGAGAAACGACCAACCUCCUACAGCUAUUUCAGGAAUGCAAUAGCUGAAAUAGGGAGACUAUUGAUGUUCGAAGCAUCUCGAGAGUGGCUGGAGUGGUUUCCAGAGGUAGGACUUUCUAUGCAACAAUUUUGACGAGCAAGCAACAGUUCACUGGAGAAGAAGAAAUAGGAGUCUCGAGCACACACGGCUCAGAUUCACGCUGAUGUCUUUGUAGCUGGUGUGGAUGCAUCUGUUAGCUGUCGCAGGAGCAACCAUUGUGUCUUCCAGCUUUGGGAAGGACGAGAAAAUGGCUAAGUCAGAAGUAGCAGUUGCCACGACCCUUGCGGAUGCUCUGUAUAUGAAGGAUGAUGAAGUGAUUGCAGCUAAGCGAGAGCAUUUGGCCUUACGAAGAAGAGAUUCACAGUCAAUGAAACAAUGAAGAAACCUUCAAGAAUGAAGAUUGUAGACAAUAAGAAGAGCGGGAGAGUAACUUAUCAGAAACUCAAAAAGCGUUGUUGAAAGAUUUGAUACCAAUCUUGACAACUAGGACAUCAGUGACCUGUACAAUACUUGGAUCCGUAGCUGUUGUAGGUAUGAUUCUUUAUUUUUCCCAUCAAAAGUUCUGAUUUUGUAUCUUACCUUUUGUCUAAUGAUCAAUUUUUUUAAUACAAUCAGCUUUGAUCAA